AUGCCUGAAGCCGUAAGAGACGAUUUUUUUCGUUUAAAAGGGAGUGCUUUGGAAACUUUUGCUUCAAAUUGGCGGAAAGCAGAAUGUAAAAUAAUAGAAUUUUGUAAACAGAAAUUUACGAAGAGUUUAGCCGUCUUUGAUAUCUUAAGGAAGGCAGAGGAAGCUGAAGAAAACUUUGAUAUUCCUGGACGCAUGAAAUGUGUCUUAAAGUUGACACUGCAUGCAGCAGCCAAUACGCAACCGUCCCAAAACAAAAAAGGAUCAACUGCUGACGGAUGGAAUCUUCUGUACCAGUCAUUCAAUGAAAUUCUUCUUCCGGAGGAGGCUGCAAAUCGUGCUAGCGACAUGGAGUUGCUUGGUGUCUUGGACAUAAAUGGGGAAUAUUACAUCAAGAUCGACAAUUCGGCUGUAGCUCUUACUGAAACUAAAUCUUUUGAACAAUCAGUGGGUUAUUUGCUAAUGUACUAUCACAUCCUAGACAUCAAUUAUCCCUCAAAAUUGAAAUUUGUUUAUGGAUUUCUUGAAACUAUGUUUGAAAUUGUCCUCUCAAUGAAUCCAUCCAAAAAAAUUAAAGAUUUGUGUUCCUUUGUUUUCAAUUGA